UCAAAACUACCAUUUUCAUCAAAUAGCCCCCAUGAAAAGUGUGAUAACUUUAACAUAUAGUGUAGCGAUAACACUAUAACUUUAUCAAAUAAUCUGUCUUGCUGGGAUCAUUCUUGAAAAUUUAGAAAAGGCUGCAUUGCAACAAUGCACGAACUUUGCGUUGGUCUUGAUAACACAUUCAUUAAUGCAAAUUUUCACAAAUCAAUUCAACGAUAUUAGGUGUUUAGCAAUGACUACAGGUCACUCGUACGCUGUAUACGAAGCUGGAGCAAGUUAUUGAUAAACUUCAUAAAAGAUUUCAAUAAAAUGGCGAGUCAUGUUGAUGAGCAAUUGAAGUUGACUCGCAAUGAAAUGGCGAAUCAUUUUGAAGAGCUAGUGAAGUUGAUUCGUAAUGAAAUGGCAAAUCAUGUUGAUGAGCAAAUAAAGAUGAUUCGUGAGGAAAUGGCAAAUCAUGUUGAAGAGGAAAUGAAGUUGAAUUUUGAUAAAAUGACGGAUCUUAUGAAAGAGCAAGUGAAGUUGGCUGUUAAUAAAAUGGAGAGUCAUGUUCAAACGCAAGUAAAGUUGUCUCGUAAUGAAAUGGCGAGUGAUGUUGAUGAAAAAGUGAAGUUGACUCGUGAUGAAAUGGCGAAUCAUGUUGAAGAGCAAGUAAAGUUGUCCCGUAAUGAAAUGGCGAGUCAUGUGGAAGAAAAAGUGAAGUUGACUCGUAAUGCAAUGACGAAUCAUGUUGAAGAGCAAGUAAAGUCAACUCGCAAUAAAAUGGCGAAUCACGUUGAAGAGCAAGGGAAGUUGAAUCUUAAUGAAAUGGCGAGUCAAGUUGAAGAGAAACUGAAGUUGACUCGUACUGAAAUGGAAAAACAUGUUACAGAGCAAGCGAAGUUGAAUCGUAAUGAAAUGGUGAAUCAUAUUGAAGGAAAAGUGAAGUUGACUCGUAGUGAAGUGGCAAGUUGUGUUGAAAAGCAAGCAGAGUCGGCUCGUAAUGAAAUGGUGAAUCUUGUUGAAGAGCAAGUGAAGUUGACUCGUACUGAAACGGCGACUCAUGUUGAAGAAAAAGUGAAGUUGGCUCGCAAUGAAAUGGUGACUCAUAUUGAAGAGCAAGUGAAGCUGACUCGUAAUGAAAUGAUCAAUCACGUAGAAGAGCAAGGGAAACUGGCUCGUUUUGAAAUGGCGAAUCAUGUUGAAGAGCAAGUGAGAUUGUCUCGCAAUAAAAUGGCGAAUGUUGUUAAUGAGCAAGUGAAGUUGGCUCGUAAUGAAAUGGCGACUCAUGUUGAAGAGCAAGUGAGAUUAAGUCGUAAUGAAAUGGCGUUUCUUGCAUCAGAAGCAACAGAAAGAUGCAAUUUUCUCGCAGGAAAAAUUAAAAUUUUUGUUUUGGGAGGUUUUAAUGAGAAUACUCGGUUUAAUACUGUGGAGUCUUACAACUGGCGUUUAAAUUGUUGGCAACAGGAACCAGAAAUGAAAGAAAAACGAGCUGCAGCAGCUGCAUUUGUUCACAGAGAAGAAAUAUUUGUCAGUGGUGGUUCCAACGGAAACCAAUACUUUGGAAACAUCGAGAGUUUAAAUGUAGAUGGAAUAUCACAAUGGAAAAUGUCUCAUUUGGUGAUGCCAAUUCAAUGUUUAGGACACAGUAUAGUACAAUACAACGAUUAUAUUAUUAUGACUGGUGGACGUACCAGUCACAAUCCUUUUCAACUCUCUGAUAGGAUCUACAGUCUUCAACUGUUUCCUCCACACGAGACAAAAUUAUUGAAGCACAUGCCAGAGCCGAUUUAUCACCAUGGUUCCCUUAUCAUUGACGACGAGGUUUUUGUUUUUGGUGGGAGAACAUCAUUUUACGUUGGACAUACAAAAAACUCUGUUUUUUCAUUUAAUAUGAAUGAUAGAAAAUGUAAAACCUUGGCUCCACUUCCAUAUCCUGUGAACGACAUGGCUAUAGUCAGUUAUAAAGGUAAUGCCAUCUUGAUUGGAGGUCAAAAUGAUGAAGGUGAAAUAUUGGAUAAAGUUUUGAUGUAUGAUGUGAAAACAGGAAAAACUAAAAUGCUUCCUUCACUUAAUCAUAAAAGGCUUGCGUGUUCCGCAGUUAUCAUUGGAAAUAUUAUUGUUGUGCUUGGUGGUGGUAGUGAUAGGUCAGCUCUUGAUUCUGUUGAAUGUCUUGAUAUGAGUACAAACAUCUGGAGAGAACUACCUCCUAUGAUGACUAAACGAAGCUCUCCUGUUGCAGUUGUUUCACCAAUAUACUAAUAUUCUGUCACUAAAACAUUACCUAACUUGUGUUGAAAUUCGGGUUGUAAUAGAAUUCGCAGAUAAAUAAAGUACAAAAUAUAAUAUUGCGUAAUAUAUAUAUUCUACACUAAAAGAUUUUAGGCUGCUAAUAUACUUUAUUGCCAACCGUUAAGGAUUCCGCUCCUCAGCUGGUUCACUAACGCUCUUUGUUUUUAACCUUUUAUGUAUUUUAAAAACUACAAGUACAAUAAAUCACGGAAGUAUUUCUUCGCUCUCUAA